AACGAAGCUAAAGCUGUGGAAUUUCUACUCCAUGCUGAGGAUAAUAGUGCGUAUAGAGAGUGCAAACGGAAUCAAGCUCUCCUACAGGCUACUUUUCAAGGCCACAAAGAUGUAGUCCAUGCGUUGCAUGCACAUACUGCGAAUCGAAACUAUAAACAAGACUUGCCACCGAUUCAUGCUGCAAUAGGCAAAGGCCAUCGAAAUAUUCUUGAGCUUUUAUGCAAUCAUGACGCGGAUAUUGACAUUCAUGAUAAUCGAGAUUUCACACCACUAAUGACCGCCUGUAUCGAGAACAAUCUUCCAGCUGUGAACUGCCUUCUGAAAAUAGGCAAAAUCGAGGCUACUUUUAAUCUCCACUUGAGAUGA